CUAGGCUGUGAGGGGCCGCGGGGCAGGCCGGGAAGGGCGCGGGGCAGGCCGGGAGUGCCCCGGCACUCGGCGCAGGGACCGCGGCACCGACACUGACACCGGCACCGGCACCGGCACCGGCACCGGCGGGAUGUGGUACGAGAUCCUGCCCGGCAUGGCCAUCAUGGGCGUCUGCCUCAGCGUUCCCGGCCUCGCCACCGUCUUCAUGCACCGCCUGUGCCACGGCGGCAAGGAGAAGAGGAUCGCCCGCUAUCCCUUCGAGUGGACCUUGUUGGAGAGGGACCGGCGGCUGUCUGGUGUCAACAAGCAUUAUGUGCCCAAGGGUCUGGAGAACUUAGACUAAGGUGGCAACACUUUGAAAAAUCCAUGUAUCUAUAGAAAAUGUUUUAACUCUUAAAUAAAAYUAUACAUAUGUUCAA